AUGAAAGUAGCAUCUGCAGAGGAAUAAUUGUUAUGCAAAGUUGAUUUUUACAAAGUACAAUUUGUUAUGCCAAAAUUUGUAUAAGAAGAAGGCAUUAUAAAGCAUAUAGUUUCAUAUAAAUCACCAAUUUGGAAGUCAAUAAUUUAUUGGGUUUUAUGUGUCUUAUCAAGUAAUUAUAAUAUAUUUAAUUUUAGUUGGUUUAACAUAUUUAUUUUCAAGAUGGGAAUAAAAAUUUAAUAUAUGGUUAAAAUUUUAGAAGUGCUUAUUGGAUGAAGCAACACAUUUGGUUAUUUACUCUGCUUUAGAUGAAAUAGAACUAGUAAAAAUAGAAGAAAAAUAAAUACAGAAAGGAGAGAAAUACUUUAAAAUGAAGAUUUUUAGUUAUAGACUCUACUCAUACUAUUUGGAGGAUGGGUAAUUCAAACCAAUCGAAACAUCAUUUUAUAAAUUAUAGCAUAAAGAAAUAAUCUAACAAUUUUGUAAUGGUUUGUAAAAUCCAGAGGAGAUUGCCCAAAUUUAUGGAUAUAAUAAUACUACAAUUCCUAACAAAUCUACAAUUAAAAUAUUGAUAGAUGAAGUGUUAUCACCAUUUUACUUAUUCCAAGCUUUUAGUGUUACUUUAUGGUUGAUUGAGUCUUAUACAUAUUAUGCUAUUGUAAUACUACUAUCUUCAUUGAUAUCAAUUGUGAUUAGUUUAAGAGAAAUGAAAACAAAUUUUAAGCGAUUAAGAGAGAUGUCGGCAUAAAAUACAACUGAAAAUCUUUUUAGAAAAUAAAAUAAAAUUAGAAUAGAAAAUGAAUCUCUCAUUAUUCCAUAUGAUCUUAUUUAAAUAAAGGAAAGAUACAAUUCAAAUGAUAUUUUCCCAGGAGAUCUUAUAGAAGUACAAAAUGAUUGGACAGUGCCUUGUGAUUGUAUUUUAAUGAAUGGAUCUGCUAUUGUGAAUGAAUCAAUGUUGACUGGUGAAUCAAUACCAAUUAUUAAAACAUAACUACCUUAUAAUUCUAAUAUUUAUAAUCCACAAGAAGAUUCAAAAUCAUUUACAUUAUAUGCAGGAACAAAAUGUAUUGAAGCAAGACACCCUGAAAAAGGUAAGAUUCCUAUAUUGGCACUUGCUACAUAAACUGGAUUUUCAACAAUAAAGGGAGAGUUAGUUAGAUCUAUUUUAUAUCCAAAACCAGUUACUUUUUCAUUUUAUAGAGAUUCAUUAUUAUUUCUUGUAGUUUUAGCUAUUAUGGCAUUUAUUGGAUGGGUUAUAGCAUUACCAAAUACAAUAAAAGGAAUUGAAGAUGGAGAGAUGACUAUUUUUUGGUUUAUAAUAAAUUCUUUUGAUUUAGUUACAAUUACAGUACCACCAGCAUUGCCUACAUGUUUAUCAAUUGGAGUUUCAUUUGCUUUAGGAAGAUUAUAAAAAAAGAAAAUAUAUUGUAUAUCUCCAAAUAAAGUUAAUGUCGCAGGAAAGAUAACAAUAAUGUGUUUCGAUAAAACUGGUACCUUAACUGAAGAUGGCCUUGAUCUUUAUGGAGUUAGAGCUAUUGGAUAUAGUGAAAGUAUUAUUAAAUCUAAAAAUGAUAGAAAAAUAAAAAUUGAAAUUUGAUGACUUAGUAGUUAAUGUAAAUGAUCUAAAUGUUUAAGAUAAAUCAGUAAUACUUGAUAAUCCUUCAGGAGCAUUUAAUGAAUUAAAGAGAAUACCAAAAUAAGUUUUAUUCGAGAUAAUGGCAUCAUGUCAUAGUUUAGCAACUGUUAAUAAUAAUUUAAUAGGGGAUCCAUUAGAAAUUAAAAUGUUUGAAGCUACUUAAUAUAAAUUAGAUGAUCUUAAUUCUUUAGUAUAUUCUUAAGAAGGUAAUCAGAUUAAGAUAGUUAAAAGAUUUGAAUUCUCUUCAACUCUUUAAAGAAUGAGUGUAAUAGUAGAAAAAGAUGGAUUAUUAAAAGCUUAUGUAAAAGGAUCUCCUGAAAAAUUGAGGGAAUUAUGUAAUAAAUAAAGUGUGCCUACUAGUUUUCAUAAAAUUUUGGAUUUCUACUCAAAGUUAGGAUUUAGAAUAAUAGCUUGUGGUGCAAAAACUUUAUAAAAAGAAACAAAUAGAGAUGAUGUAGAAUCUAAUCUCACUUUUAUUGGAUUAUUAAUUAUGUAGAAUAAAUUGAAAUCAGUAACUAAGAAAAUUAUUUAAACUUUGUAAGAUGGAUUCAUUAGAACUAUUAUGGUUACAGGAGAUAAUGUUUUAACAGCUAUUUCUGUUGCAAGAUAAUGUUCUAUAGUUUAACCUAAUUAAAGAAUAUUUUUAGGAGAUAUUGGAGAAGAGAAAAUUAAUGGAAAAAAUUAAAUUGUAUGGAAAGAUUUUGAUAUGAGUGAAAAUGUGUUAAAUCCAGAAAAUUUAUCACCUGAAUUAGAUAUUCAAGAUGAUCCUGAUAAUGUAGAAGAUGAAAAUGAAAUGAUAUGGAAUCAAUUAUCAAUUAAAGAUAAAUAAUCUUUAGAAAUUGCAUUAAAUGAAGGUAUUGGUUAAGUUAUUGAAGAGGAAGAUCUAGAAAAUAUACCUUAAACAAUAUAUCAUGAAACAAAAUCAAUAUCUAGAAGAUCUUAAUAAUUUUAAAGAAGCAAAAUACUAUCAUAUAAAGAAAAGGAAAAACAAUUAAUUUUAGAAAAUUUAGAUCAUUUGAUUGAUGAUUAAGAUCCUUGGAAAACUAAUGAACCCUUUGUUAUUGCUAUAUCUGGUAAAGCUUUUUAAUUAUUGACAAAAUAAAUUGAUACUAAUCCAACUGCUAGAAAGGUUUUUGGUAAACUUUUAGAAAGAGCAUAAAUUUUUGCCAGAAUGAAACCUGAAUAAAAAGCUUUAUUAAUUACUCAUCUCUAAAAAAUUAGUAAAAAAGCCUUAUGUGGUAUGUGCGGAGAUGGAGCAAAUGAUUGUGGAGCAUUAAAAGCAGCUGACGUUGGAAUAUCUUUAUCUGAAGCUGAAGCAUCAAUUGCAGCUCCCUUUACAUCUAAAAUUUAAGAUAUUUCUUGUGUUGUUAAACUUUUGAGAGAAGGUAGAGCUUCAUUAGUAACAAGCUUUCAAUGUUUCAAAUAUAUGGCAUUGUAUAGUAUGAUUUAAUUUAUCACUUGCACUUUGCUCUAUUUAAUUUUAGCUAAAAUUUCUGACUUUCAAUUUCUCUAUAUUGAUUUAAUUUUAAUUAUUCCUUUAGCUUUUACUAUGGGUAAGACAAAAGCUUAUAAAUAAUUAACAUAAUUCUAACCAGGCUCAAAUUUACUCUCUUUUCCUGUUUUAAUGUCUGUUAUUGGACAAACUAUUAUUUAAUUAUCCUUCUAAUGCAUUGUAUACUUUAGUUUAAGAACAUAAAAUUGGUAUGUAAGCAAUUUUGUUAUUCAUGAAGGAAAUACUGAUGAUCACUAUGCAAUGAUGAUCAAUUAUGAAAAUACUGUAAUUUAUUUAACCAUUUUAUUUAGAGUCUUUUUUUAUAUUCAAGUUUCUAAUAUAUUUUUUAAUGCAUCGCCUUCUCUAUUGGAAAACCUUUUAGAAGAGAAUUUUAUACUAAUUUAGGCUUUACUUCUGUUUUGAUCAUACUUUUUAUCAUUAAUUUUUAUGUAUUUUUCUUUUCACAGCAUCCUUAAUUUUUAGCUGAUGAUAUAUUUAAGGUAUUUUAUUUAUAAGAAUCUUUUAGCUUAUUUUCACUUACUAAGAUAGUUCAAUGCCCUAAAAAUGGUUAAUAUCAAUGUUCAUCUUAAUGAUUAUUAAUAUGGCUGUAACUAUUCUAUUUGAAAAAUACGCCGUCCCUAUAACUACAAGAUUUUAUAGAGCAAAAAAGAGAUAAAUAGUUAAAAGAUAUCGCUAUCCUGAAAAUCCUUAUCUAAGAGAUUGA